AUGGUAGGUCAUUGUCAGCAGAGUUCACUAUUAUAGGCUGUCGUUUUAUUUUUAAUCAUAGAUAUAGAAUAUCGUUAUUUUAAUUAACCUCUUAGUUAUAAGAAAGGGACAGUCCACUUAAAGUUAAUCGCCACGGGAUCUGCUUCGAUCGUUUAGAAUACUGGCUUCGGAAUGACAGCACCCGCAUCUGAUGACACGCGUUAGAAGCAUCGGUGCCAUAAGCCCGAUUCUAAACAGUAAAAAUUUAUCAUCCCUAUAAUAAAAACCCCACUUGAGGUUAAAUUACUCCGGACAUUCGGGAGUUUUCAGUUUUUUUCUUGAGCGAACUUUUGUGGUAUGCAACCUGUUUUAUGAGAGCUGUCAAAUGAUUUUAAGUGGUGUUUUUACAUGCACUGUGCACCAGUAUAUAUAGAGCAUUACCUAAAAGGACUUUCAUACUAAUUAAGUAAAUAAGAAAUCUAUGGCGAGAUUUGAAAAAUUGGCUAGCAAAGAAGGCAGUUUGGAACGCUUUUCCCGGGUAGGAAUUAAAAACAGGCAUGUAAAGUAGGAUUUAUUGGUGCCAAAACAUUUCGUAAAGGCUCUUAAACUGCAGCCCGUCCAAGUAUAACAUAGAUAACGAAUGGAAGCACACAGCAUUAUGAAUAUGUGCAGAAUGUGAAUUCAUAAGAACAAAGUCAAAGUUCAAUGCAACGAAUAAUCAGAUGAAAGACGUUCCCAUAAACGUCAUGUGGGAACGAGGGAGACGGGAUGUUAACACAAAUCACAGUCACGAGCAGAUGGGGGCGUGAAGGUUAUCAGGGCAAUUGCAGAUUGACCACGUGGUCUAAAUGCUUGCAUAUAUCUGGUUUCUCCCGCAGCAUGUAAGCCGCUUCCAAGAAGGACAAGGUUCGAUUUUUUUGCGCUCGGACCAGUACUGUUGUUAACAUCCCAUCUUCCUCUUUCACCCAUGAUUUUUACGGAAACAUCUUUCAUCUGAUUAUUCGUUUCCUUGAACCUGGACCUUGUUUUUAUACAUUGAUAUGCUUUGCAGAUUCAUACCACUGUGAGCUUCCAUUCGUUAUCUAUGUUAGGCGAAGACGGGCUGCAGUUGAAGGACCGUUACGAAAUUUAUUGGAACCAAUAAAUCCUGCUGUACAUACCUGCUUUCAAAGAAGGCAUCGUCAAAGGAGUAGGCCUGUGGCACUGACUUGUGGUUGAAACCUUACUUGAUCCGAUUCUCCUGCUUAAAAGUUUAUAAACCUCACUUCAGGAGGCACAAGACGGGUCUACGGCGUACUGACGAUCGGUUAUGACUGCAAAACAGAUUUCUACGUCCGGCGCGCUAAUAACGUAGCGAGGUUUCUAUGCACUACAUGUUAUAGGACAUCUCUGGCGCGACGUUCCUAGCCCAGUUGGAGGGCGGAGAGAAUGGAAUCGAGCAAUAUUCCAAACACAACAAGUAAACAUCCCUCGCCUACUCCUCUGGCAAGAAGGCCGCUUUCAGUUUAUUAUCCCCACACACAUUUGCAAGAUGUGAACUGCUCAUCUGACAGCGAUCGUGUAACCACAGUAAAUAACGAAAAAUGCAAUGUCAAAGGGGAAGACGUGUGACACUCACGCCUUCUGUUUGGAGUCUUGCUUGGUCUCAUUCUGUCGGCCCGCCAGUCGGGUUGUUGGUUAUGACGAGGGUUGUGUCAAAGGUCAUACAUCACAUAUAGUGCAUAGAAAACGCACGAAAAAAGACCAUUUUAUGGCGAAUCAUAUAGUGCCAUCUCGAAGGUUUUUUUAAUGCACCCCAUCAGAUUGAAGCGCAAUCUGGUCAUAUAAGGAAAUAAUUGCCUAUGUAAUCGGCAUGUGUUCUUCUAUUGUCAGUCACGCGUAAGCAUAAACGCAGUAGGUAACUCUGACCCAACUGCGAAAAAAUCGGUGCCUCGGUGGGACUCAAACCCACGACACCAAGAAGAAAGCCAGCUGAGCUGCGAGGCCGCGCCGAACGGCCAAAACACCUCUGAAUUACGUGAGCCUGGUAGUCAUCUAGUGGAUUCUGAAUGUAUUACUUAGGAAACCCCGCGUGGGCAGUCAGUCUACUGUCUCAGAUUUAGUGGUACCAGACGUUGCGGUAAGUUGGGCGGGUAACUUGAACCAAAGGUGUUUAAACUCGCGUCGUCCGGCAGGGCCUCGUAGCUCAGGUGGUUAGAGCGUUGGCUGUACUAAAGCCUUCCCCUUAUUGCGUGGGUUCGAAUCGCACCGAGACGCCGAGUUUUUCACAGUUGGAUCAAUAUGAAUUAUUCAAAAUCCGCCGAAACACCUCUGAAUAAACUCAAGAGAUGAGAAAGUUCUUUAAAAAAUCAAUCGAAAAAUUAAGUGCAUCUUUAGAUUGCACACCAUUUAGGUUAUUCAUAUUUCAAACAUCGAAACGAAACUGACAUGUUUUCGCGUUUCCAGAACUUCCAAAAUACAUGACUUCAUUUACCCUAGAGUAUAUAUACAGAGCAUUAUAAGGUCAAAAUAUUUUUGCAGAAUAUUGCAGAACAGAGUACUACCGUUAUACGCACGAGAACGCAACUACCACGCCUAAAUUAAUAAUUCAUAUAAGUACGCGCAUGGGUUGAGGUCGCGGCGAGACCUUGCGCUAAUGAGGUCAUGCGUUUGGGGCCAACCGCAUCAAUGAUAAUUCAGUCGGUCUGUGACCUGCUGGUUUGUCGGGUGGUCUUCGCACAUAGAAUUCUCCACUUUUGUUUUUCAUACCACUUAUUAUUUUAAUUUGUUUACUACAAGUUAAUGUCCACCUCAAGGCCAAGCACAAAUAUGAAAUAAAAAUGUCUGUUUUGGACUUUAGCCCUCGAUGUCUCCUGAUCCUCAAGUUACGACAAAACGCCAGUUUUGCUGUUACUGUGUCGUAGCCGGUCUGUGCGCAGCCUUUGGAAUCGCCCUACUUGUAUCCGGCAGCCAUCUAGUACGGGGCAUUCAAAGCAACCACAGCAGGGCCGGCUAUACAACGACCAGCGACUCAUCGAGAACUUUUGUGUAAGUAAUCAACCCUGUCUGCGUUUUUGAAUGACAAAUUACUUGUAACAAACGGAGUUGCCAAAUGGCGGCUUAACGCAAAUCUCGCGGGUGGUUAAAUGCGUGUUUGCUUGGAGUGACCGACCGGUAAGCUGAGAGCCAGGCGGCAAUGGUUCUUUCUUCAUUUGGCCUCUGUGGCACUCCCGCACCGCGAGAUGUGAGCCGUCUCUCCGUUUCUCUUGUUGUGUAAAAUCCUGGUCCUGCAGACCAUACAUGUGAUGUCACGCCCAGGUGCAGAUCCCCGCCGCAUCCAUCACCCGCUCCCUCUCUUAAGUCCGGUCUUCUUGACUCUGUCAUAACACCAAGACCAGAUUUGGGAUGAGUGUGGAGUUCGCUAAACUACCAGUCAGCGACUCAAGUCGCCACGUCCAUCCCGCUGUGAACGGUGAACAUCGUCCGGAUCGAGGGUCAAAGUGUAAAAAAUAACCAGGGACUAUAGCCCCAAAGUACUGGAUGUUUGAAAAAAAACCAGAUUUUCGUUUGUUAUGGACAACGAUUUCUGCAAGGAAACCCAUUUCAUGCCUUCACUAAUUAUUCUCCUAUUAAACAACCGCUUUAACCAUUUAAAUCCCCGCCUUUUUUGUCUUGAGUGCGGAUUUUAGUGCCUGCGCAAUACCUCUCUUGCGACAACGAAGUGAUUUUAUGGAGGAAGCGAAUGUGUGAAAUUGCUGCAUACGAAUUGCAGCUUUAAACUGCAUUGGCUAAUAUCUUGACUGCUUAACUUGGAAGAUGAACAUAUUUGGACAGGCGGUCAUGAAGAGGAGCAACCAGCCAAAAAUACCUUUACUUAAUCAUAUUUCCUAAUCUUAUUUUCUCAGUUGACCAAGCUUUUAGAAACGAACGACACCCGAGAAGACCUUCUUAGCUUCCGUUAUUGACUUAAGUAAAAUUUUGAAUGCCUACUAAGAGAUAGUAGACAUUUGUACCCCUUUAAGCCAGACUAUGGUUUUGACAAAAGAAACGCCUUCAUGAUUUGUAGGGCUCUGCUUGGAGGAGUCGCCAUGAUUCUCUUUGGUUGUGCAUUUAUUCUGUCAAGCAUACUAUCCGGAAUGUUUGCUCGUGUUCUACGCCUGCAGUCCAGAACAUGGAACAAUGAUUCCCUAAAGGUUUGGCUGUUUUACACUGUGACUUACUGCAGAAUAAAAAUAACAUCCUGUCUGACUAAACCAGCACAAAGUUAAUCCAUUUCAGAAUGUCCUUGGCCGUACAGCACCCGCAAGGACAAACUCUGUUUCUUCUUCGAAUAGGUAUGAGGAUGUCCUGGAACACUCCAUCCCAACACCAUUACUGUAA